ACAUCUGUCCCUCAUCAGUGUGAGACUGUGCAUUCUGCUGCCUGACAGAGGCCUCCUGUGACUACAGUGAGGGGUCAUUAUAAUGUCUAGGUACGGCUCUGCUGGUCCCACCAGAGCGGACAUCAGGCAGACGGGAGGAGACAGAGCUAGAAGAGCCUGAGGCAAGAUAGGAAGGCAUAAGGAAGGCAAAAGCUGCAACAAGUGUAACUGAAGUCCCAAACCACCACCGGCAGCCACUGCAUGGAUAUGGUGUACCAUGCAUUCUUAUUUGCCAAAGCAGCCAAACCCACUGUAAAGAAAAUGGUGAAAGAAACAAUGUAUUACGACCUACUGGGCCUGCCGCCAACCGCUACCCCAGACGAUGUAAAACGGGCGUUCAGAAGGCUGGCUUUGAAAUACCACCCCGAUAAGAACCCCGACGCAGGUGAAAAGUUUAAACAGAUCUCGAAAGCAUACAGAGUCCUCUCCGAUGCCAACAAGCGAUCGCUGUACGACCGCGGGGGAGAAUCCGCGGUGAGAGGAGAGCGAGCGGAUGGAAGGUGUGGCGGGGGAACGCAGAUUAACAUAUUGAACCUAUUCUUUGGGGGCACACCCAGAACCUGGCCACGCGCUGACAGGAGAGGGAGGACGGUAACCCAUCAUCUCUUCGUCUCCUUGGAGGAUCUAUACAAUGGGGCCACACGGAAACUCUCCAUUCAAAAAAACGUCAUCUGCCCAAAUUGCAAAGGCGCUCAGCAAGGAUCAGUGACUCAGUGCCCAAAGUGCCACGGCACUGGCAUGCAGAUGCAUCUGGUGGGCGGUUGCAUCCCCGGAAUGAUGCAUUCCCUACAGACCACGUGCUCGGAGUGCCACGGAGAAGGGCAGCGUAUCGGGCCGUGUGACCAGUGCCCUGUGUGCAAUGGGAAGAAGGUGACCAAGGAGAAAAAGAUCCUAACUGUGCGCAUAGACAAAGGUAUGAAGAACAGACAGAAGAUGAUCUUCCAUGGUGAGGGCGAUCAGGUACCGCGUUUACAACCUGGAGAUAUCGUCAUUGUUUUGGAACAAAGAGAACACCCGGUUUUCCAGAGGAAUAACAAUGACCUCAUCCUGAAUAUGGAGAUCGAGCUGGCUGACGCCCUAUGUGGAUGUAGACAGAAGGUGCGGACUCUUGAUGGAAGGACACUCCUUGUCCGGUCGCGGCCAGGAGAAGUCAUCAGGCCGGGCGAUGUUAAAUGUGUUCCGCGGGAGGGGAUGCCCGUCUUUCGUGACCCGCUUGAGAAAGGAAACCUCAUCAUUCAGUUCAAGGUAAAGUUCCCUGAACCUGGCUGGGUUCCCAUUGACAAUCUACAAAAGCUGCAGGAAUUAUUCCCAUCCCCCUCGAAGCCAAACCUCCCAGACGAUACAGAGGAAGUAGACUUGUCCAAUUACGACCCAAGUGAAGACCGAAAGCAGUCGAGCAGAAGAGAGGCUUACGAGGAAGAUGGGGUCCAAUAUUCCCACACUAGGCAGUGCCAGACCUCUUAAUACCAGCGGCUGCUGGGUAGACCCAGUCAAGAAACCAGAUGGUGCACUCUUUUCCUUUUUGAAUACGAGCUGCCCUCUCGCGUUGUGGAGACUUUCCGCCUUGGCCUGCUGAUCUCCGCUGGAGCACAGCCGAGUAUGAACUCUGGCCUUGUCUUCCAGAGCACCCGUGGAUGAUUGUCCUCCACUUUUGUGUGCCAGCUGAGCCUUGCCCGUUAUUAUCCAUCGCACCCCCCCCCCCCCCCCCCCCCCCUAAACUAGUUUGCAACCUCCUUGCAAGCCUGUAAGUCAUACUAGACAUUCGGUCAGGUCUUAAUGGCAGUGAGAUGUUUACAAGGACUAUAAAUAUGGAGCCUAAUUGUUUGUCUGUCAUUGAUGGCACUUUAGAAAGGAGAGGUUCUGACGACUUAUCAGUAACAAGACAUCGCCUGCAUUCCUGCUGGCUACGUAGCAUCACCCACAGCCUCUGUGACAUCGGUGGACAUCGGUCAGUCUCCUAGGGAAAUUACUACGGGAAGUGCAAUAGUGCUGAAUCAGCACAACCUGUAAAAUUCCAUUGUCUGGAGGAGUUGACGCACUCCGGGAACACAACUGUACAUCGCAAGGGAUACCGUGAUCUCUCAAUGUAAAUAAAAAGAGGAUUAAUUAAAA